CUACUACACCGCAGUGUAUGUAAACGCAUUGAAUCGUCGGCAUAUUGUAUACUGGUUUCUCAGUGUCUCUGGGAGUGCAGUGUGCACCGCAACAAGCUCAGUGCAGACUGUGCGUCUGUGCUUGAGUAUCCUUCUGUGGUGGCUAGGGAUUUAGUAUAGUAAAAUUUGGAUUCAAUGUGCUAAUACGUAGGAUUUGAACUAUAGGUGCAUUUCACACGCAUGCUGUCAGGGUGCCGCAGACCCCCAUCAACUCUAUGGCAUCUACUAUGACGUCGAUAAGGCAACCUCACUUUCCACUAUAUGAUGUCGGAUGAAGAGAGUCAGAGCCUGCUGGGUAUAGAGCUCCACCAAUACACGUCCCUGUCUUCAGUGGGCAAUGAGACUGUACAUGGCGGGGGUGGCCGUGGCUUGUACCAGAGCGAUGGCAGCUACUUCCACGAAUACUCACACACCCGCAGCAACCGGUAUAGGCGUCGCUCUAAUGCGCUGGUGUUAAGGCUUGCUGACAAGUUCCGAGUGUUUGGACGCAAUUUUAGCCUACGAGCGUCACCGUCAACCGUCGCUCUGUGUGUUGCCUUCGCCGCUACAAUACUCGGAGCUGGAUUCUCCUUCGACGAUAAUAGCACAUUCUGGGCCACGGUUGAGUACUGUGGUCUGUUCGGAGUGAUUGGGGGUCUUUUGAGUGGCCUAUCUGUGCGCCUUCUCUUCGCCCGAAGCUGUGGAGCUGUGCCCCGCCACGGCGAUGACAUCAAGGCUCGUCUCAAGUCGACCAUUUUCGACCGCAUCUUCAAACGGGAGUGCAUUGCUCUAUACCUUCGCAAGGCAUUGCAUGAGUCUCUUGAUACUCUAAAUAUCGAUGAGCGCAUCGAGUGGAUUAUAGAUUCACCGGCCGUCAACAAGGUUCUGGAUAAGAAACUAAACGAACUGCUGGCUUCGAAGCAUGGUGUGUAUCUACACCUUGCCGGAUUCUCGCUGCGCGAGUUUAAGCCUGCGAUCAAGCCUUAUCUCAUCAACUUCUCUAGCGAACUCACUCCAGCGGUAUGCCAAUGUUUCGUUCGUUUUUUUCCGCCAAUGCAAUAGACAUAUAUCUGUUGCUUUGGGCGUGAAGUUUAAUUUACCGGCAGCAUAUCGCAUAUGCUGACGAUGGCUAUCUAUAGGUUUAGUCAGUAUUCCUCCAUUAGUGAGUCCCAAAAAAACAACAAUGGCCCUUCUCGGUAUAUCAACUGCAGUUAUGUUCGAUGAUGUUUUGUCGGUCGUAGGGUGCUGCCGGGCUGCAGUCCAUAAACCGUGUAGAUCUGGCAGUUCAGAUAUUGUGGCGUUUGCCAUAGGCGUAUCACACAGCAGUGGCAAGUCCUAGUAGUGACGUGAUACGAGUCUAGUAAUCGAUUGUCGAUAUAUAUCUGUUGAGUACAUCUUAGUAAGUCUUCGGCAUUAUCCAUCAUUCUGCAGAUCAUGGCACGCAUGCAUUCGAUUGGAGAUUCCGAAGUCAAACUUCUACACGAUAUUCUGGAUGGUAUUCUUGAGUCCGAGAUGAUAAAUAUUAGUGAAGACGACGUGGUCGAGCUGGUCGAUCUGAUGACCAAACGACCCUUCGAGUGGCUAGUGGCGUGUUGCACCAUGUUCGGAUUGCUGCUGGGGCUCGUGCUGAAUAAUAUUAAAAGAGAGUUCAAUACGCAAAGCCUGAAUUUGAGCUGAACUGCCGUCAAGGAACAAAUUGGUACAUAACAACUGGUCCUAAUACAUCACACAGAGAAUCCAACAAAAUUAACAAACGACUACUACGUUGUUAGUAUACGAUCAUCGAGUCGAAUACAGAAUACAUUAUGAAAUAGAAC